AUGACGUGUCAGAUGAUGUGGCCACGAGCCAGUGACCUCCUGCCACGUGGUGAGCGUGGAUUCGUUGGGUGUGCUACUGACAGGGUCAGCUAUCCGCGUGGCGGAGGAGGUGGCGGGUCCACCUGUGUGGUGGCGACAGUGCAGGGCCGCCGGAGGGCCUGCAGGAGCUACCGGCGACGAGGUACCGGCGGGAGGCUAGGUGCCGACGGUGGCAGCGGCGAAGUCGCCGACAGGGGCGGCGCGGCAGACUGGAGGCGCAAGUCGGCAGGGCGGCACGACAGGGAGGCGCGUCAAGAGGCGCGUGGUGGCGCGGCGGGGGAGCUGUCGGUGGGCAGUGAACCUACAGCAACGACGACCGAGGGGAUACCGGUGGGAGGUGCCGAAGCAGCAAGGUGCGCAGCGGCGGCAGGAGGCUCCGAAGUUGCAGAUGGCGAUGGCCGAGUAGAGUACGGGGCGGCAGGGGCCUGCAGAACCUACAACAACGCAGGAAUUGUGAUAUGCUCACCUAAGAAAACUGUGAUGGUAGGGAAAGAAACAAAAAUGUCAGCAAGUUGA